CCGACCUAAAGAGAAACGGAGGGGGUGAGAACAAGGCAGAGGGGGGGAGAGAGAGAGCGAGGGAGGGAGAGACUGACAAUGCAAAGGGGUGUUAACUCAUCUAGGGCAGCCAGUGCACUCGGAGGCGCGAGGGAGAAGUUGUGGGAAAGUAAAUAGUGCGCGAGGCAGGAGGAUUCCACUCGGGCUCGUGCCACUUGCUGCCCUCGCGCGGGAGAGAGAGAGAGAGACCAGGGAUGGGUCCGAGAGACACGGCCGCGUGACUCAAACCGGGAGGUUUAUAUGGUGAACGCGCCGGGAUACGGAGACCCGCGAACAGGAAUAUUGGCCGAACCUGAAGGAAUUACCCGCAAAGCACAAGGAGGGAUGAUGUCCACCGUGGUGCCCCGGCCACCCCAGAAGGAGGACGAGGAGGAAGAGGAGGACGAAGAGCAAGGAGAGCCGUUUGAGUUUGACGACAGCGCCGACGAGAGUGUUCCUGAAGACGCCGUCGUAAAGCCCCCCCCCUCAACAGCUGAGGCCGCCGACUUGACGACCGAAAAGGUCAAGUGUGAAACGCAGUCAGAGGCCCCAACCGAGGGCAGCGCUGAUCCUCACUCCCAGCAGCCGGUGUCCACGGCUCCGAUGUCUCCCCCUGCUGGCCAGGAGGGGAACUCCUCCUCGGACGCCCCCCCAACCACCAGCACAGCAGAUCAGCAUCUGGGAGACUCCAGUCGGGCCUCCAUCAACCCCACCACCUCCUCCUCCAACUCCUCCUCCGCAGCAGCAGCGGACCAACCGAGUGCCGCGACUCCUCCUCCUCUUCCUCCUCCCGCCGAGGAAGAGGAGUCCUGCACCUCCCCCGGGGAGGGGAGCCUCGCCCCGGAGGAGCCCUGCGAAGGAGACGCCACGGUCAAGGACGACUGCAGGCUGAGGGAUGACUCUGAAGUGCCCCACAGUGACAGUCUUGAGGUGAUCUAUGAUGACGUCCCCAUUGAAUACCACCCACUAUCUCCUGAUGAAGAGGAUGUGAUCUAUGAAGACGUUCAGAGAGGUGGUCCAGUCAGCGCCGAUAACGGCUGGAGCUCCAGUGAGUUUGAGGACUACGACGACCAGUCUGACAAUGAAGCCAAAGUCCCCACACGCACCAAGCUGUCCCCUGAGGUGCGUGGGCUGAGAGAGCGCUGUGCCAGGACCAAACGUGAGCUAGCGUCGCGUCUCGGCGCCAACUAUGACACCAAGGUUCAGCAGUUCAUGAAGGCGGCCAAGAGCGGAACCAAGGAUGGGCUGGAGAAGACCCGGAUGGCCGUAAUGAGGAAGGUGUCGUUCCUCCAGAAGAAGGAUCACGCAGAGGACCCGGAGGACGAUGCGGGGUACCUGGAGGUGGCCGUGUCAGAGGUCAAGCACCCCCCGCCCGUGCUCAGCCCCAUGCCAGACGGACUGUCCAGCCAGCAGGUCGUCCGGCGCCACAUCCUGGGCUCCAUCAUCCAGAGCGAGCGUAGCUACCUGGAGUCCCUCCGCAGGAUCAUGCAGGAGUACCACCGUCCGCUGCUGGAGGCGGAGCCCCGCGUCCUGAGCCCCAGGAAGAUCCGGCCCAUCUUCUACCGCCUGCGAGAGAUCACCCAGUGCCACUCCAUGUUCCAGAUCGCCCUGGCAUCCCGCGUGGCCGAGUGGGACUCCAGCGAAAAGAUUGGGGACUUAUUUGUUGCCUCGUUCUCAAAGUCCAUGGUACUCGACGUGUACAGCGACUACGUCAACAACUUCACCAAUGCCAUGGCUCUCAUCAAGAAGGCCUGCAUCUCCAAACCUGCGUUCCUGGACUUCUUGAAGAAGAAGCAGGCCUCCAGUGUGGACCGCAUCACGCUCUACGGCCUCAUGGUGAAGCCCAUCCAGCGCUUCCCCCAGUUCAUCCUGCUGCUGCAGGACAUGCUGAAGAACACGCCCCGGGGCCACGUGGACCGGCUGCCCCUCCAGCUGGCGCUCACGGAGCUGGAGACGCUGGCCGAGAAGCUCAACGAGCAGAAGAGGCAGGCAGACCAGGUGGCCGAGACCCAGCAGCUGGCCCGCAGCGUGGGCGACCGGCUGCUCAGCAAGCUGAACCCGGAGCAGGGCUCCCUGGUGUUGUGCGAGACGCUGAUCGAGACGGUCUACGGGGAUCGCGGCCAGGUCCUCAAGUCCAAGGAGCGCAAGGUCUUCCUCUUUGAAGACGUGCUCGUCUGCGCCAACAUAAACGUCAAGGGGCCCCCUGAUCUCAGCAGCCUGGUCCCCGUGGGGCCCAAGUACACCAUGAAGUGGAGCGCCCCUCUGCUGCUGGUGCAGGUGGUGGAGGUGGGCCAGGAGGGGGCCCAGGGCAAGGACACCCCCUACCAGCCCAGUGGGACCAAGCGGCCCGGCUCUGUCUGCACCGCAGGUAAGGCGAUCCUCGGACCUCCCAGGCUGUACCAGGAGCUGCAGGAGCUGCAGCAUGACCUUUCCCUGGUGGAGGAAGUCACCUUACUGGUGGGCACCCUGCAGGGCACCUACCAGAACCUCAACACCACCGUGGCCCAGGACUGGUGUCUGGCGCUGCACCGACUGAUCCGCAUCAAGGAGGACCAGAUCCAGAGCGCCAACAAGUGCCGCCUGCGCCUGCAGGUGCCUGGCCGGCCAGACAAAUCAGGGCGUCCUGUGAGUUUCAUGGUCGUCUUCAACACUCCCAACCCCCUCAGUAAGAUCUCCUGGGUCAACCGGCUGCACCUGGCCAAGAUUGCAUUACGAGAGGAGAACACUCCGGGCUGGUCCUGUGGGGAGGACGGGGGCAAGCCCCUGCCACCGUCCGGCUGCCCGCUGCUCGCCUGCCGCAUGCCCGUCUUCGCCGUCAAGUCCCCCGACCGGAAGCUGGAGGCCGCUCUGCACAACCCCGUCCACUGCUCCUUGUUGGGCUUCUCCGCCGCCAGCACCUCCCUACCUCAAGGCUACCUCUGGGUGGCCAGCGGCGGUGAAGGGGCCCAGGGCCAGCUGGAGAUCUUCUCCCUCAACAGGCCCACCCCGCGGGCGGUGAAGAGCCUCCCGCUGGGCUGCCGGCCCCUGUGCCUGGAGUACGUCCCGGAGCCCGUCCCGCCGGAGGACUCCGACGGAGGACCGGCCGCCUCCGGGCCCCCCGGGGCCCCCGGGGUCGGCAACACCAUCUGCGUGGGGCUGGACGACGGCAGUAUCCUGGUGUAUGGCAGCGUGGACACCGCGGCCCAGUGCCUGCUGACCCUGCCCCACCCGGGGGGCGGAGCCGUGCUGUGCAUCAAGCACGCCUCCCACUUCCUGUUUGCCGGCCUGCGCUCGGGCUCAGUGCUGGUGUACGGACGCAGCGAAGGAGGUGACCUGUGGAACCCAGAGAGCCGGAGGUCGGUGGGGCUGGGCUCGGAGCCGGUCCGCGCCCUUCUGGUCCUGGAGGAACUGGUCUGGGCCAGCAGUGGGAACUCUGUGAUGGUCAUCGAUGGCUCCAGCCUCUCCACACAGCGGUUCGAGGUGCACCCGGACCCCCUGGUGAGCGUGGCCCACAUGGUGCGGGCGGGGGGGGGCGUGUGGAUGGCGUUCUCCGAGGGCUCCUCCAUCCGCCUCUUCCACACUGAGACCCUGGAGCACCUGCAGGAGAUCAACAUCUCCACCCGCUCCACGCUGCUCAGCGGGCCAGGCCAGCAGAGCCUGCGGGUCUCCAGCCUCCUCCUCUGCCAGGGGCUGCUGUGGGUGGGCACGGCCCAGGGGAGCAUCAUCACGCUGCCCGUCCCCAAGCUGGAAGGCAUCCCCAAAAUAACAGGUAAGGGCAUGGUGUCCCUGAACGCUCACUGCGGGCCGGUAGACUUCCUGCUGGCCUCCAGCAGCAGUCUGGCCCCCCAGCUGCUGAAGAGGGACUCCCUCCCCGAGGGGCCCGACUCGGCCUUCGGGGGCGACGGGGGCAGCGACUCCGCCUCCUCCCAGGAGUCCCUGCCGCCCCCGGGGGGGGGCCCCCUCCAGGCCGGGGGCCGCGGCGUGCUGCUGCAGUACCGUCUGCGCUCCACCUCGGGGCUGCCGGGCCGGCCCCUCACGGCGCUGGGGGAGGGCUCUGCCUCGUCCCUGGAGUCCCUGGAGCACAGCGUGGAGGACGGCUCCAUCUACGAGCCCACCGACGACCCCGAGAUGUGGGUGCGGGGGCGGGGCUCCGCGCGGGAGGGGGGGCGGCGCGACCGCGUGACCUCGGCCGCCGUGGUGUCCGGGGGGCGGGGCUUCCGCCGGCUCAGGGAGGGCGGGGCCCACGGUACGAGGACGGCCGGGGGGGGGGGCGGCGAGAACACCCUGAUGGUGUGGCAGCUGCCGUUGACUGUGUGACCGGGGCGGAGCCAAGGCGGGGGGGCGGGGUGGGGGGGCGGGGCCAUAGCGGGGGGGAGGGGGGCUAGGUACGGCGGGAUGGUCUCCGUGUGAAGAGUCGACCCCGUUCCAGAGACGUUGUGGAUAGCAGCCCCCUCAUUCAGGCGCUGUGAGUUCUUAAGCCCGGGUCCCGAAGGCGUCCGCCCCCCGUGCUAACUCCAGCCCAGAGACGGUUGGGAAUGCGCCGCAUUGUCUCCUCAUCAACCGCACCUCCACUGGCAGAGCGGCGCCAGAUUAGUUUCUGGGUGACAGUUCUGGAGCGGAUCCCGUUCGUUAAGACGGAUGCGCUUCCCUUCGGUUUCAUCCGGGCUGCCUGAGCUCAAACAGCGCCUCCCGGGUGCUCCUCUGUCGGCGUGGCGACGGCAGGGCUGCGUCUGGGGAGGGGCCAAGCCUUUGUGGGCUUCGCCAUGGAACCGAGAGGCGUCGCAUCACAGGACGGCUCCUUUGGUCUGUUGCUAUGUGUCCCUUUUGGUUGGAGGGGGGUUCAUAAAAUGAAAAAAAAAUGAAAAAGAGAAUGCUCGACAAAAGCGGAUCAGUGUGACGAUACUAACUCGGCCAAUCUUUCCUCCACUCCCAAGAAAUGUGAAUGUAGGGUUUCUUUCAUCGCGUUUGGAGCUAAAAUUGCCGCCAAAAACUCUUUAUUAUAACGCCCUGCUGUUGAGAAACCAGAGAUUUCCUUUCCUCGUUUAGAAAAGGGACAAAAAGAAGAAAAUCUGACCAUAACAUUUGAUUUCUGUGCCUUUUGUUAAACAUGGUAUCAUUAGUAAAAUGGGGCAGUUUUUUUCACGCAAUUGGACCAGUGUUGCCGUGACGCCCAAUUAGGCCCAUAAAAGCAGAUAAAUGCGCCGCAUUACUCGGCUGAAACGCAGACGAUCCAAGCGGUGUGGAGACAGAACCAUAUGUUGGUCGCUGAGGCGUCCGCCACACAACGCCCCCAGAGCCCGACUGCAGCGGGAACAAGGAACGUGUUUACACCCCCUAUCUCUGAGUUUUAAAGCUACCUGGGAAACAAAUGUGCUCAAUGUUUCAGUUUGGACUCCAUGAUGUUGCCACAGCUGCUUCUGACUUUUACUAACCUUCGGUUGUUGUUUUAGAUGCAGCCAAUAUUAGCCCUCAAAUCAUGGACGUGGUUACACCAUUACAGAUUAAUGUUUUUACCCGAUUUUUCUGAAACUGCAAAAAAUAAUACUUUUUUAAUUAUUGUGUGUGCAUUUAAUCUUCUGUGUGUGUGUGUGUGUGUCUGGCGGAUGCUGACACUCACAUUGCUUGCGAGUUGUAUAAUUUGUAACCCGCGGGUGUGUCUGUGCUCAUUCCGGUACUAAGUGUGUACAGAAUACUUUAUUUAACUGUAUUAUUUAACAAUAGUCAAAAUAAAAGCCACAGGGUUUCAAAAGCGCAGGAAGUGGAAGUGUGACCCUGGAUUACUUCACAUUAAUAGCGCCCAAUAUGUACUUUACCACAACCUUCUUAAUGUUGUGCAACGUGUUUUCAUACGGUAGCGAAGGGGAGCGGGGAUGGGCCAACGGUAGAUGCAAUCCUAGACUAGACUUUUUUAAAUGAGGCAGAUUGAACUAAAGGGAAGGACACGAUGACGCAGCAUCUCCUCCAAGGAUCCUCCCAGUACUUCUGCUGUGGGACAAAAUAAUAUUGGUAUUUCGUCUGUAAGAUAUAAUAAUAAUAAUAAUAAUACAUUUAAUUUAGAGGCGCCUUUCAAGACACCCAAGGUCACCUUACAGAGCAUAUAGUCAUCAUUCAAAACUAUGUAAAACAGACUAGGAAUAAAAGGAAAACAGAGGUUAAACAUGAAGAAUAAUAAUAAUUAAUAACACUCAAAGACGCCUAAAGUGAAGGGGGGACCUCACUAACCACCACCAAUAUGUAGCACCCACUUGGGUGAUGCACGGCAGCCAAUCGGUGCCAGAACGCUCACUAUAUGAUAUGAACAAGUAUUUGAAGAACACGGUGAUGGAUUCUUGCACAAAUAGGUUCAUUAUCACGUCCCGUCCAACAAAGAUGAGGUGGUGAUAAACACAAUAAGAAGAGAGAGAACAGCCUAUAUAAUAGACCUAUUUAGACGCAGCCAGAUAAAAGGCAUUAUUAGACUUUCGGUCGCCAGCUCCGUCUGUGAUGUUUUGUUGCAUGAUUUUUUAGUCGUUGUUGAGCUGUAAAUAAAUCAAGGCAUCGAAUAUCAAAGGGGCGCCAUCCCUCCCUCUAUCUUCUAAUGUAAGACGGUACGGCCUCACAGGGGUGUUGUGAGCUCAAAAGGGCAGUCUGCGACAUCAACAAUGUUUUCGCAGAAAAGUUGGACCGUUGCGCCAUCGGUCCUGAAUGUUGCUUUUUCCUUUGGACCGACCAGCAAAAAAAGUGAUGUAAAUAUUGGAAACAGCAAAGCGAGUGGCUUCCCCCCAGCCUGAGGGGGAUGGAUCAAUAGUCACACUACCCUAUCCGGUCCUUUCAUUUGGCCAAGCAGACGUAGAGUGCCAACUCGCCGAGGAGGCGAACGUGGCUCUGUGAGGUAUUGUGGAGUGCGUUUGAUUGGUGUCGAGUGGCUCCCAGUAUUGCACUUAAUGUGGAUCUGUCUGUUCGUCUCUGUCCAGUAAUGUCUAGCCUGUACAGCUCUCUAUAGCUAACAACUCGUUAUGAAUGGUGAAUUAAAACAUACUUGAAUGAA